AAGAGAACCACUGCUGAUCCAUCACCUCUUCUCGCUCUCUGUCUCGAUUCUUCUCCUCAGGGGGGCACUGCUCCUGCCAUGUCGAUUGGUAGACACUUACAAAUGUUACUAUUUUAAGAAGACCCGCUGUGUGCGCAGUAGCAAAUGAUCGAAAGAGAGAAGGUGGGGGAGAGAGAGGCACAGCGGAGCGUUGGUAUUUUUUUUCUUUUUUCUGUACAUUGAGUGCUUUGCAUAAGAGGCUGAUGGCGCAGGGGGAGACUCAAACUCACAGCUGAUGCCGAGCCGUGCCACAGCAUCCACGUCCACAGGUUGCGGGUGAAGCAGUUUUUGCAGAACAGGACCAGAAAGCCAACUGCAAAAAAAAAUUAAAAAAAAUAAAUAAACAGUAGGCGAGACGGAGGAAGAGACGCAGAAGCAUAAGAACGAUGGCGACUUUUGGGAAACUCACUGACUACUUUAAUCGACGUAAGUCUCGGGAGGAGCUGAGGGUCACCAGGAGCUCGCGGCGCAGUGGCAGCUACUGCUGCACUGUGGCAGAGGCCAGGUCACUUGAAAGGAAAUUGCAGAGACCAAUACUGGCCAAGUCUCGCACCCUACCCAGCAUCCCCCAGUCCCCUCGGGUGUCCAGACUCCAUCCCUCUGAUCUCAUUGGUGGAAGUCCUCCUCGCAGGAAGAACCCAGCCACUGCCAGCAGCCACCCGAAGGCCUGCACGCUGCCCCCUGCAGGGGAGCUGUGGCGCUUGGAGGAUGACAUGGAAGCCGAAGACGAGCCCGAGCGAUGCGAAGCCAGGCCUCGCUCCCAGUCGCCCUUCUCCCACUUCCGGGCGCGUGCAGCUUAUCUCCGUAAGAGCAUCUCUGCGGACAACCACCUUGACAUGACCUCAGACUACAGCGGAGGGACGGCAGCGGAGGGAAAGCCGGCACGCAGCAGUAAGACGAAGCUGAAGCGGAAGUUUAGUCUGGGCUCAGUUGAUCGCAAGGAGAAUCAACACAAAAAGUUGGAGUCUGGAAUCUCCAAGUUCACCCAUCGUCUCUCCCUCAAAGAACGCCCAGCCAAAGCAGAGAAGACCGCAUCGGAACGAUCGCAUUCCUAUAGGAGACGCUCUCUCAGUGUUGAUUGGGCUGAUUCCACCAAGAUGACACAACCCAUGAGGGGGGACCAGGCCCACCAGCCAGCCCCGGCUCGCAAGUCAGCCAGCCUGUCCUCGCCAAGUGCGGCCCGCCGCCUGUACCGCAACUUGUCUGGAAAGUUCCGUGUGAGCACCAACCCCACCGCCUUAGAGGACAGCAUGGUGUCAGGAAGGGGAGGAGACAAGGAGAGGCUGCGCAAAACCACCAUCUUCCAGGGUAGUGAAGCUCUGUUUGAAGCAGUGGAGCACCAGGAAUUAGACUUGGUGCAGCUACUUCUCUCCCAGUACAGCUUAGAGGAGCUGGAUCUCAACACCCCAAACAGCGAAGGCCUCCUGCCCCUCGAUAUUGCCAUCAUGACCAACAACGUGCCCAUGGCCAAGCUGCUGCUUCGUGCCGGUGCAAAAGAGAGCCCCCACUUUGUGAGUCUGGAGGGCAGAGCGGUCCAUCUGGCCACCUUGGUGCAGGAGGCUGAGCAGCGGGUGGCCGAGCUUCAGACCCAAGUCGGCAGCGAGGGUCCCGGUGAGCGUGAGGGAUCCAACCGGGAGAGGCAGCUUAAGGCCUGGGAAUGGCGUCUGCGGCUCUUCAGACGCAUGCAGACUGGCUUUGAGCACGCAAACCCUCCAGACACUCCCAGUGCAGUGCGCUUGUCUGUGAGCAGCAGCACCAGUCUAAGGGUGGAUUUCCAGGAACCGCCAUGCGUCAGCUCGGCUGUGGUUACCAAAUACAAAGUGAGUUGGAGCUCAACGCCGUCCUUCAGGUGUGUGCUUGGGGAGGUGGUGGUAGAGGACACCACUCUGCAGCAGUUCAACAUCACUGGACUCACCUCUGGGACCUCCUACUACGUCCAGGUGUCAGCCUACAACAUGAAAGGCUGGGGGCCCGCACUCACUUCGACCCCUGCCUGCGCUGCUCCUUCCAGUUGGAGGGACAUGGACAGCCGAGCUCCCCGCCAGAGAGGCCAGAAGGAGGUUCUAGACCAGCUGCUUGCCCAAAUAAAAGAUGCCCAUCAGAGCUGCGUCUGCCACGAACAGUGCAAAGCUCCGACACAAGGCAGGAAACACUCAGUGUCCAAAAGCUUGCGUCACCUCUUUCAACCCACCAGCAAAUUUGUCAAAAGCUUGAAAAGAGGAUUAUAUCUGACGUCCAUAUUCUACAGAGAUGACAGUGUCUUGGUGACCCCCGAGGACCAGAUUCCCAUCGUGGAGGUUGAGGAUUCCUACUCCAGUUCUCUGAUGCAGGACUUCCUCUGGUUUACAAAGGUGUCCUACUUGUGGGAAGAGAUUGCCUGGCUGCAGCAGUGUCUCAAUCCCACCCAGUCGUCUUGUUCCUGCACUCUGCAGACACGCCUCAAGAUGCUACAAGCUAUCUCUCACCUCCAGAGCAUGCUGGGAACGCAGGACCUGGGUCAGGUGUAUUUUGAGCCAAUCAAAGACAAGCACGGGAACGCCCUGCUUGUGCUCCUGAAGGAUAUGAGCGUGUCUCCAAACCUAGACGGCGUACGCUGGAUGCAGCUUUGCAAACUGCAGCUACAACGCAAGUCUAUUUCCUCCCCAGAGGAGCCCACCGCUCUGGACAUGCUCCUCAUUACGCUGCAUGAGAAGCUUGCUUAUCACAGACGAAGCAGGAAGCUCUUGUCUCCUGGCUUGUACCUGGGAUAUUUGAAGCUGUGUACAUCAGUGGAGCAGAUCAGAGCGCUGGUGCCGCAGAAGCUCCCAAACGUCCUUUGUCACACCAAGAUACGGGACAACAACAAUGUCUCCAGGGAGGAGUGGCAGUGGCUGCAGGCCCUCAGCUCCCUAGAGGAGCCCAUGGAAACAGACUCCAGCCUGCAGAGCGGUCCACAUCACCUCCUCCAUGACCUGCGUGGCGCAAUCAAGGAUCUGAUGGCCCACAUCAAUGUCCCCGGCAACAAGGCACAGGACUUCCGAAUCUACACCCAGGAAGUGUUGGAGUUUGGUGAAAAAGUGUCCUUCCUUCUCCUCCUGCCUCCUUCAGAUGAAGUGUGUACGGCUCCUGGGCAGAAUAAUCCCUACUCUCCCCGCUCUGGCUUCUUCACGCUGCCCCUGCAGAUCUUUGAACUAGUUCAUUUUAACGCCUACUGCCCCAGUUUCAUCGGCCAGUACUGCCGUGUGUCCGCCCUGCUGGAGCUGGAGUCUCUCAUGUCCCAGCAGGCUAUGAGGGAGGCCUUUUCUGAAGAGGAGCUCCUUGCUGCAAAGAAGAAGCACCUGCAGCUCCAAGAGCACAUUCAGCAAAUGGAGGAGGUGUGGCGGGACGCGAGGUGGAUCAUGGAGGCCUUACAGUAUGCUCGCUACAAACAGCCAACAGGAGGCAUCUCCAUUAGUGGCUUGAUUGACUUCUCCACAGAGGUGCUGCCUGAGAAGCCUCCCUCUACAUCAUCACAGCCUGACUUCAUGCCCUCCCCGUUGCCGUCACCAGAACCUUGCCGCAAGCACUCAGAUUUUGCAGGAUUGUCAGACGAGGAGGGCUCCUCUGAGGUCUUCCUCACCACCGACAGUGACUACGACUCCAGUCGAGCCCAGAGCCCCCGCGAGCUGGACCUCCUGCCCCCAUCACCACUCUCCACCUCGGCGCCCCUGGAGCCCCGCGGCUUCCUGCGCAGCGAUGGCAGCGGCUCAGGAAGCAGUAGAGGCGGACGAGGAAGCGGUGCUCUGAGGGACUCCACUCCAGACGUCUUGCAGGCCUCAGAGCCACAGCGCGGGCGGGACCUCGGGCGGUGUGGGGGUGGCGUUCAUUGCGGGAGCGAGCGACGGCGAGGGGGUCCGCCUGAGCUUUUUGACAGCGACUUCAUCCUGCCAAGCAGGCAAAUUGAGUUGUUACAUAUCACAGAGAAGCGACAGGCCUUCUGUGUGCGCACCAGUAGCCUGGAGUUCCCCUCGGCUACCUCCGCCAGCCACCAGUUGUACCCCCACCAUGCCACUUCGCCCACCACCUCACCGCAGCAACGCUGGCACAGGCCCUCCUCAGUCGACCGCUGCUGCUCGGGCGAACGUGGCCCAGCAAGGCGCCCGCCUGCUCGAACACUGUCAGAGGACAGCGGCACCCAGCAGCUCUCGUCACCAGUGCCGGCUGCCCACAGGAAGGGCUCCCACGCCACGCUCAGAGUGUACCCCCAGUACUGCACGGGCCUCCCCAAGGAGACCAGUGUCAAGCUCUGCGUGACGCCGUGCACGUCUGCGGGGGAAAUGGUCCAGCUGGUGGUACAGGAGAUGAACCUCGUGUCUCGGCGGAUGCUGGGUGGCGGCGAUCAAGAGCAGGACGCCUACUACGGCCCUGAACAGUUGAAGCACUUUGGCCUGGUGCUGGUGGUGGACGAGAGGGAAAAGUGGCUGCAGGACGACUUCUGCCCCCUGGAGCUGCAAAACCCCUGGCUGAGGGGUAAGUUGUGUGUGCGCAUUAAGGAGUAUUCGCCGCUUGCACACAAACACAGCCGAGGCACCACAGUGUGACGCACUACGUUACUCUUAAUAUUUAAAAAGACUUUUUCCUGGACAUGAAUAAAAACAUGAAAAUGCUUGUCAUCAUGUGCUAAAAAGCUGCAACAUCUAUCCCCGGCUGCCGUCUUGGCUUCCACUGAAGACCUGCAGUCGGCCUUGUGGGGAUAUAGCGCAUCAAUGUCAACACACUGUAGCUCUAACGUUCCGUCUUGUAGAAAUAACAAACCAGCAAAUUUGACAAGCAAUACUUUUGUGUUUGUAAUGAGGAGGAACAAAGCAUGUUCAUCUUCCAACAAUUGUGCUCUUUUUAAGUUGCUGUUGAUAUGCUGUGCUAAAGAAGUUCAGUGUUUUUGCUGUUUUUGAUAUUGCCCACAAUGCACCGGGAAUGCUUGAAGAUUAACCCUUAGGAGAUCCUUAAAAUUCACUCACAUUUGACCCUAAUGACCAAAAAUGUCAGCUUCCCAAAAACUGCUGUAAAAAUGCAAUACAGUGGUGCCUUGGUUAACAUCAUAAAUCGGUUCCAGAAGUUCCAACUCUAACCGAAACGGACUCUAACCAAGGCAAAUUUUCCCACAGAAAAUAAUGUAAAUCCAAUUAAUCCGUUCCAGACACCAAAAAAGUUUAACUGAAAACACAUUUUAUCGACAAUAAUUAUAGUUUUGCAUGCAGAAAAUUAUGCAAAAAUAAUUACAAAUGACAAAUGAAAGGGCCGCACAUUGGCUGAGUGGUUAGCAUGUUGGCCACACAGUCAGGAGAUCUGGAAGACUUGGGUUCCAAUCUCCGCUUGGGCAUCUCUGUGUGGAGUUUGCAUGUUCUCCCCGUGCGUGCGUUUUCCGGUUUCCUCCCACAUUCCACAAACAUGUUAGGUUCAUUGGAGACUCUAAAUGGUCCAUAGGUAUGAAUGUGAGUGUGAAUGGUUGUUUGUCUAUAUGUGCCCUGCCAUUGGUGUACCCCGCUUCUCGCCCAAAGUCAGCUGGGAUAGGCUCCAGCAUACCCCAGCGUAAGGAUAAGCGGCAUAGAAAAUGGAAGGAUGGAUGGACAAAUGAAUGGACAACUGAACAUUUAGCAUCACUUUUACCUAGUUUUGUUGGGCAAAAAAAACGCAAAACCAUCAAUUAACAAAAUAACACAAAAUAAACACAUAAUUCUGCUGCAAAAAUGUAAAAAAAUAUAUCAAACUAAAUAUCGCCGUUCUAGAACCAAUAAACACGUACCUUCCCAUUCAAUAUAGAAAAUGAAAAAAACAAAACAACCAUGAUGUCGCGGAAAUGCGCCAGCAAGGAUACGUGUGCUAUGUUUGACUCCCUGCUGUGAACAUGCUCCGAUAAGUUUAAUGCCUAUGAUUUGUUGUUGAAAAUGAAAUGAAAUGUAAUGGAUGUUAACUGCCAAACGCGCUAACCAAGGUAGCACUGUAUAGGGCUAAUCAUAUUUUUACUCACUUUUAAAAAGACUUUACUGUAAACAGUUGUAUGUAGUUUUAUACUACUUUAAAACUACUACCAUAGUACAUAGCAAACAUGAAUUGUAUUUUCUUUAACCCUUUAAAGGUCAGUAUCUUUACAGAACGCCAUUGAUUUUUUUAUUGAAAACCAAAAAGUUUCAAAAUAAUACAUUUUCAAAUGGUAUUUAAUUUGCUUAUUAUUACUAGUAGUAGGAGUAGUAGUAGUACUAUUAGGACAGGCGCUAUAGAAAUGUAUUGUUAUUGUUUAAUUAAUUAUUGUUUUAUUAAUAUAUUAUAUGUUAUUAUUAGGCCCUGAGAUGGAUCAAUGAUUGUGUCAAAACAAAAAAACUCACACUCUGCAUCCUUGGGCCAGUGUCACCUUCCUAAAAACUACUGUAAAAAUAUUAUAUAGAAAUAUUUUUUACACAUUACACACUUUAAAAAUGAAUUUUGAAAUGGUAUUUGGUUAUUAUUCUUAUAGCUAUUAGGCGCUGAGAUGGAUCCAUGAUCGGUAGCAACAAUCAUGUCUCAAAACGAAAAGAUUCACACUCUAGGUCCAAAAAUGCUUGGGCCAGAAAUUGUCACCUUCCCAAAAACUGCUGUAAAAAUGAAAUUAAAGUACCAUUGAUUUGUGUGAUUAACAAAAAACAAAGUUAAAGUAA